AUGAGUAGAGUACUGCUAUCGUGGCACCGCCUUCUGGGUCUUUCCUUGCAACGUCCCCCAUGGUACAAGGCUCGUCUGCGGGAAGAACUGGCCGAGAGACGGGCAGCUCGGACGGCGCUCCAAAGACUGAGCGAGACAUGCGACGUCUUCUACAUUCUCGGCAGAGCACGACACGACGGCUACCCGCUGCGAUGGGCUCCUCGCUUUAGCUACAGACACCCACCGGUCUACGCCUACAUGAUAUCGAAGUACACCCUACGCUGGAUGUUCUACCAAAUUGCCGCCUUGCUUUGCGGCUCGUCUCGCUUCCGCCAAGUGAGGGAGGUGGUGAAUCCGGCGCGUGAUUCUAAACUUCGCGAGGUUGCAUCACGCCAUGACAUCGAACACGUCAAGUUUGAGCAGGUGUGCCGUUGCUUGCGACGUGUUUGGCCCCUUCUCCCAUAG